AUGGCAAACACCAAGGAAGUCAUGCGUCCAUUAGUCAACUUUCCUGAAGACUUAUGGUGUGAUCGUUUCUUAUCUCUUCCAUUCAACAACUCGGAAUUCGAAUCGUACACUAAACAAGUGGAAGCAAUGAAAGAAACAGUGAAAGACAUGCUUGUGGUUUUUACAACAGAUCCAAUAGAGAAAAUGCAUUUGAUUAAUUCUCUAUGUCGCCUCGGAGUUUCAUACCAUUUUGAGAAUGAGAUCGAAGAGCAACUAGAUCAUCUUUUCAUCACAUUACCUGAACUCCUCGAUGAUAACGACUAUGACUUGCAUAUAGUUGCUUUAGUAUUUCAAGUUUUCAGGUUCAAUGGUUACAAAUUGCCUUGUGGUGUUUUUAGCAAAUUCCAAGAUGGUGAUGGUAAAUUUAAGGAACAAGUGAUGGGCGAUGUGAAGGGAAUGGUAAGCUUAUAUGAAGCGAGCCAUUUCAGAACUAAUGGAGAAGUUAUUCUAGAUGAAGCCCUUGAUUUUACAACCAAGCACUUAAGGUCACUGGCAAACCAAUCAUCAACAAGUCCUCAUCUCAGAGAAAACAUUGAAAAUGCCUUGUUUCGGCCAUAUCACCAUAGCAUGCAAAGACUUGAAGCAAAGCUCUACAUCUCUUUCUACGAAAAAGAUGAAUCCAGGAAUGAUAUAUUACUCAACUUUGCAAAAUAUGACUUCAAUAGGGUACAGUUGCUGCUUCAACAGGAGCUAACGGUCCUCUCCAGGUGGUACAAAGAACAAGACCUGAAAUCAAAGUUUCCUUAUGCAAGGCAUAGAGUGGUGGAAGCGUUCUUCUAUGCGCUCGGUAUAUGUUUUGAACCACGUUAUGCUGCUGGGCGCAACAUACUCGUUAAACAAACAUGUCUCAUAGGUUUCAUAGAUGAUGCCUACGAGGCCUACGGUUUAUAUGAAGAACUUCAGUGUUUCACAGAUGCUAUCCAAAGAUUUGAUAUUAGUUCCAUGGAAAAGCUGCCUACUGAAAACCAAAAAAAAUUAUAUGAGACACUUCUACAUGUCAUUGGUGAAGCAGAGUACCUGGUCCAAAAGGAAGAAAGAUCUUAUGCUAUCCCUUACAACAAAGAUGAGUGGAAGAAAUACGUGAAAGCGGAGCAAGUUGAGUGUCGGCGGAAGCAUGAAAAAGAUGUCCCAACAUUUGAUGAGUAUAUGGAAACCGGUGUGUAUACGGGUGCAGCCCGUUUAGCUAUGACUCAGAUCUUAAUAGGAAUGGAAGAAGCCGACCAAAAUGCAUUCCAUUGGAUUUUAAACAGUAACAACUUCCUAAAAGCUUUCCAAAUUUGCAGUCGACUGUACAAUGACAUCGUCACUAGCGAGGAUGAGGAGAAGAGGGGAUUCAAGACGGCAUCCAUGUGCUACAUGAAGCAGUAUAACGUCUCAAGAAAAGAAGCGAUUGAAGCUUUCCGAGCCAAAAUUGGGGAUGCAUGGAAAGUCAUCAACGAGGGUUGCAUGAGGCCGACGAUGGGCGUCCCCAUGCAAGUGGUGAGGGCAACACUUAACUACCAACGCCUUCUGGAUUUUGCAUACAGAGACAAUGAUGGUUACACCAAGCCCAACAUUUCUUUCCAACAACUAAUCACCAAAGUGCUUAUUCAACCAAUUCCCCUUGAUUAA